GGCUUCACUACGUUCCAAUUUCAAGAAGGCGGCUGCGUUUCGUCUAGGGAAGAUUUUUGUAUAGUAAAAAUAUCAGCCCUCACGGAGACGACAGACCACGCACUGAAAAGUGAGAAAAAAAAGUGGUGUGGAUAAGAUUGAGAAAGAUAAUGAGAAGGUCAUUCGGUGGCAGCGGUGGUGGAGGCAUGAGUGGCGGCGGCAGUGGCGGUGGUGGCAGCAUGUUAAGAGCCGUUCAAAGAGCUGUAAGGACAGGUGGCACGGUUAGCGGCGGAACCGCCCAAGAGUCGUCCUCUCAUUCCACCACCAGUACCACCAAAACAUCGAGAACCGCCACAACUACUAACCACGCGUUAACCAACAAAGGGGGUAGCGCUCUUUCUCUAUCCUCUUCAUCGCCUUUAUCCACUACUCUUCCUUUAUCUGCUGAUGCUGAUGCCCUUGCACCGGCCGCCUGGGACUCUUCUUCGUAUAACACGGACGAGUCUGAAGACUGGGAAUAUUUAGACAAUGAAAGGAUUAAUAAUAAUAAAAAUAAUAAUAGUAUUUUAUUUGAUGAUUUUAUUCUGGGUCCUGUUCCAUCAACUGAUGAGGUUCAUCAUGCAGUUUCUGCUCUUCACAAGGUUCUUGAGCCGUCCUAUUUUUCGGAUUCCACCAAAGGCGGUCUUGGUUACAAAUCAAAUAAGGAUACAACUGCUGAACUUGCUAGUUCAAUUAACCUGAUGCGUGAAGUACGCUCUUCCAGUGGAUCUGCGUCUGAUUGGAUUGAACCGUCUAUGCAUAUCUGUAAUUCAAAGCUGUUGAAGUCGUAUGGAUCUAACCGAGUAUAUGAUGCUUUCCAUUUGCUGCAGACUGAACCUUCUAUUCAGAAAAUGGUCAUUUCACUGUCAUCUGACAAGGCUGUUUGGGAUGCUGUUCUGAACAAUGAGGCAGUUCGGGAAAUCAGAGAUUCGCUGAAACAAGUUGAUGCAGCUGAUAAUGGCUUACAAGCUGGAAGUUCUGAGGAGGGGCUUAAUAAGUCUGAUUCAGAUGGGACAGUAGACAUAAUCAGUUGGAUUUUUGUCAACACCAAGGAGAAAGUGUUGGAAAUAGUUGAGAAGAUCAUAGAGUUUGUGAAUGAAUGGUUUCAGCCUCCUGAGGAGGAGACGACAUCAGAAGAGAAUACUGAUCCAUUUGAGGGAAGGCUGAGAACUUCCUUCUUCCUUUCUGUUGUAGUUCUGCUGGUUGUUGUUAUUGCUCGAGCACAAUGUGUGUAGUCAACAUAAUUCGACGACAUUACAGUUGGUAGUCCCUCUUCUUUCUAACUUUGAAAGUGGGGAGUUGCAUUUACUAUCUCUGUACUUGAGGCAAGAAACCAAUGCCUAGUUUUCUUGCGUACGGAAUAAUCAGAAUUUUCCGUUGCUUUUGUGUUUUUAA